AUGCAUCCGGCGAAUUGGAAUCCUCCGAGACCGGGAAUUGUGAAAAUUAACUUUGAUGCAGCUUUCCCCAAGAGCAAAAGCUACUAUGUCACAUCAAACGUUGCUAGGGACCAUCGAGGAAGAUGCCUAUGGUGGAGUGUGAAUCGGAUUACCGGGAGACCAAGGGUGAUUGACGGAGAGGCGCAUGCAGCCCUGCAUGCUCUUUCAAAGGCAAAGGAAAUGGGGUAUGAAUCCAUAAUGCUGGAAGGUGACAACUUACGAGUGAUCAGCACCCUUCAGGAUAAUCUAUCGUCCGAUUCUUCUUAUGGUGCUUUAAUUGAAGAAAGUCUUAUUCUUUCUAGAGAAUUUGAUCUCUGUACUUUUACUUUUGUAAAGCGUUCGGGGAAUCUUGUUGCCCACGCUAUUGCGAAUAACUAUGAUUCUGGUUAUUUUGAAGGCCAAACUUUGCCUUUAGAUUUGGCUAAUAUAGCCUAA